AUGGCCAACAAACAGCUUCUCAACGUGGCUAACAGCCGGCCACGUAGUCUCAGGGCAAGUGGAUUCGAGGGCGAUAUUGGAGCGAAUGAAGUGUCGCGACGGGCGUUGUUGAGCAGUGCCUCGAGUGUGAGCUUCGCCCGCCGGUACAUCGCAUCCAGGAUGGCAACCUUGUACCGUCCACAUCCGCUGCUCUCGCUGGUCGGUACACUUGCUACCGACCGAUCGGCGCAACACAUUGAUGAGAUCCAAUGCGAAUUUCUCCUCAUUCUGCAGGAGUGGAUUGCGAAUGUCACUCUGCUCGGCCCUAAGCAGAAGUUGUGGCGACGCACUCACAAGGCUUGUCUGGAGAUACUUCAUCCGCGUGUAGAUCUGUUUUAA